GAUCGAUUCUCCUGAUUGAUUGCGGAUUUUGUAACAUUUCGUCGCAACUUCGAUUCCCACAGCAUGGCUAACGGACCCCCUACUCCAGGCGUUCGAGAACCAACUCAUGAACGCGAUCCUCUACCCUGAAAACGCGCAUCGCCCUCAAGACCCACCGUCGGCUGUUCCGCCGAUGAUCAAUCGUACCGGUCUCCCCGUUCCGCUAGACUCGCCAUUACGAACCCAUCCCUCUCGUAUACCUGGCGUCUACCUCACGCAUGCGAAUGGGUAUCACACCGGCGGUCCCGGGCCCACGCCAUCUAGAGUCUCGGAGUUUGCUGCGCGGUUCAUCGAGGAGCAUGGUAUCCAAGAUGCGAGACAACUGGAGCGGGUAGUGGAAGGGAAGAUAUCUGAGCUGAUGGAGGUGGUGAUGGAGAGGAUGCGCGAGAGGGAAGAGUUGGUGCGGAAGAAUGAGGAGGUAAGGAAGCAGCUGGAGGAUUUGGAAGUGCAGAGGAUGGCCGAGAUACGGGUUCAGCAGAAGAUUAAGGAGAGUAGAAAGAAAGGCUGAGAUGGCGAGACGAGGAAAGGAAUUGGAAAGACUCGAAAAUGCAACCUCCAUGAGGUGGAGAUCCGGGAGUGCCUAGAACCAGGCGAGACCACUGAAGCCGCGAGAAAGGGAAAAGUCGAGGACGAAGACAUGCCAGAGUGGGUGGCUGCUGGUGAGAUCAUCCUGAUCGGAAACAUUCCACUGCAUCCUCUGGCAUCGAGUCCGGGCUAGCGCCCAAAUGUCUGGAG